AUGAUUGCUAAAGAUGAUGGGAAUGUUAGUUCUGAAUCUGAAUGUAGUGAUUAUGAUGAUAUGCCUAAUUUAGAUGAUAAUAAUGAUGAUUCAGAAAAUUUAAUACUUCCUGAACAUGGAGAAGCUUUGGUUGCUAGACGUGCUUUGAACAUGCAUCUUAAAGAAGAAAGCCUUGAGCAACUACCUAUGCAAGCUGGACAUCUAUUGUUGGGAAGACCAUGGCAAUAUGAUAGAAGAGCGCUUCAUGAUGGCUUCCACAACCGAUAUUCUUUGAUCCAUAAGGGGAAAAAGGUGGUUCUUGUACCAUUAUCACCUCAAGAGGUAUAUGAAGAUCAAAGAAAGAUAGUUGAAAGAGAAAGAGAGGUUUCGGCCUUGAGAAAACAUGAGAGUGAAAAUUUGAGAAUGAGAGAACAAAAGAGAGAAAAGAGUAAGGAUGAGGGAAAAGAGGCCACAAAAAUAACAAAACAAAUAAAUGGCCCAAUUGAAUUUGAUGAUGUCUUUCCUAGUGAAUUACCUAGUGGUUUACCACCUUUAAGAGGAAUAGAACAUCAAAUUGACUUUAUUUCUGGAUCCACCAUUCCAAAUAGGCCUGCCUAUAGAAGCAAUCCAAUGGAAACAAAGGAGUUGCAAAGGCAAGUUGAUGAACUAAAUCUUAUGGGAAGGUUUGGUGAGAAGAAAAGCAUCGAUCCCGUGAUAAGAUUACCACGUGCUUCUGUACCUAGGUAG